CCGGGCUGCCCUUCCCUGGGACUCGCUCCGGCGGCUCUGGAAGCGGCGAAACCCCCGCUUUUCCUCCUUCGUUAUCGCCUCCAACACCCCAAGCUUUGCCCGCUUGCUCGGUGCAGGUUUGCUGCGGGGCUUUGGGCAGCGCUUUUCCCGUGUUAAAGCUCAAGCACUAUCCCUGCAGCGCUCAGCAGGGAAAUCCUCCCCUUCUCGCUCGUCCUCUUUUUCUCUUCCCAAGCAGGCUUACGUUCAAGUUUCUCCCGCAGGUCUCUUUCUCGCCCUCCCGGCAGGACUUCGCAACUUCUGCCGCGGUUCCGCUGGCCUUUUAUUUGCCUUUUUUUUAAGCCCUGGGCUUUAUUAUUUUUUUUUUCUCCCUGUCAUUUCUCAUUCCCCGCAAUCCACAACGACCGGGAGGUCUCUUCCCCUUGCCCGGGGGGCACGGCCGGGACCCCCGCCGGCCGGGCCGGACCCUCGGGCGGCCAGCGCUGUUCCAGCGCCCGCGAGGCAAAGGACGGCCUAGAAAUAAAGCAGCGCUUCCGAGGUGCCACAUCUGCCUUUCCCCCCUGCCCGUUUUCUUACACCGCUUAGGAUUUCUCCGCGUCUCUCCCAGUCCUGUACUUUCAAAAAGAAAUUUUAAUUUACCGCCCCAAGCCCGAGGUGGUGGCGGAGAGGCGCGGCGCUGGGCUCUCGGGGAGGGGGCGGGCGGGGGGCGAGCGCGGCGCUCCGCAGGAAAUGCCGGCGCUGCCGCGGCGGGGAGCGCCCCCGGCCCGCCGCCCCCCGGCCAGCGGGCGCUGAUCGCGGGGUCGCUCCCGGACCCUGCCCGGCUGCCAACAACCCCGGGGUGCGCAGAGGAGCGCACCGAGGCCAUGGAGGAGCGCAGCCCGGCGGGCGGCGGCGGGGCGGCAGCGGCGGAGCGAGGGGCGCCCGCCCGCACCGCGCCGCUGCCGCCGCGGGAGCCCCGGCGCCGCCGGAAACUUUCCUCGGCGCUGAGCGCCGGCUCCCUCUCGGUGCUGCCGGCCCUGGCGGUGAGGUUGGCGCGGGGGGAGCGGGGCUGGGGGCUGCCCGGCGCGGUGCUCCUCUGCCUGGCCGGCGCUUUCUCGGGCGCGGGGCGCUGCCCGGUGCGGCCGCGGGCGGCGGCGCUGCUGCUGCUGCUGCUGGCCGCCUGCUGCGGGGGGGAAGCGGUGGCGCAGACGGCGCUGGCGGCGGGGGAGGAGGAGGAGGAGGAGGAGGAUCACUUGCUCUCCCUCGCCGCCACGGGGGUGGUGCUGAGCUGCCUGGCCGCCGUGACAUGGCUGGUGCUGAAGCUGAGGCAGGGCGUCCUCAUGCUCGCCGUGACUAGCGCGGCCAAGACCACGUCCCUCGUCGCCUUGGAGAGGGUCCCGGCGUCCUGGCGGCCCUACCUGGCCUACCUGCUGGGGCUGCUGGGCAUCCUUCUGGCCGGCUACGCCGACCGGCUCUGGCCCCCGCGGCGGGCCGCCCCGCUGGCCGAGCCUCCCGCCGCCCCCCCGGCCGCGGACGAAGCCCCGGUGCUCAGGCGGCGGCGGCGGUCCAGCUCCAUGAUCUCCCCCGAGAUGUCGGGCGGCGGCGGCAGCGGCAACAAGACCCACCGGAGGACCUCGCUGCCCUGCAUCCCCCGGGAGCAGCUCAUGGGGCAUUCUGAAUGGGAUCACAAACGAGGACCCAGAGGCUCACAGUCUUCUGGCACCAGCAUCACGGUGGACAUCGCUGUCAUGGGGGAAGCCCACGGGCUCAUCACAGACCUCCUGGCCGACCCUUCGCUGCCUCCCAACGUCUGCACGUCCCUGAGGACCGUGAGCAACCUGCUCAACACACAGCUGACCUUCCAGGCCAUCCACAAGCCCAGGGUGAAUCCCUUGGUGUCCUUCAGUGAGAACUACACCUGCUCCGACUCGGAGGAGUGUCCGGAGAAGGGAGAGAAACUAGCAAUUCCCAAGCGCUUACGGAGAAGUUUGCCUCCAGGACUGCUGAGACGAGUGUCCUCAACCUGGACCACGACAACAUCAGCCACAGGACUGCCCACUCUGGAGCCAGCUCCAGUGAGAAGGGACCGCAGUGCCAGCAUCAAACCUCACGAAUCUUCUUCAUCCAGGUCUCCAUUCCAUCACGAGCAAUUCCUGGGGAUGCUGGUGGAGAGGAGUAGAAGUUUUGCAUCAAGUAUUUCUGCACAGUGAACUAGUAAUGCAUCUGCCACUUCUGUUAACUGACAAGACUCCUCUUGUCCUUGGCCAGGUAUCCCACCAAAUAUUUCACCUCUCACCUCCCCGUGCCAUUCACCAAUUCAGGGGACGCCUGCCACGAGUCCUACUGGAAAAACAUCUUCUGUGUCAUUUCCAGAGCCUACAGACACUGACACCAAGCAGGGCCUAAAGCCACACAAAGUCUUAACUUCUACUCAGAGUGCACCUAGCCUGUCAGACCCUAUUAUCAGCCCCUCCAUCAUCUGCAGCAGCUGUGGCAGACCCUACAACCAAAUAGAAGCUGGUGAUGGGACACUAAAUAGAAAUGAUGCUACUACACACACCCUGAACAGAACAGAUGAUCCUGCUCAAGCCACUUCUGACUACGAGACCAACAACAGCGACAGCAGCGACAUCGUGCAGAACGAUGACGACACGGAUUGCUCCAAGGAGCAGCCACGGAAGGGAUCUGGCUGUAGGUCCUACACACCUGAGACCAUCAUCCUGCAUCCCUUGACACCACCUGAGGACAAGCCUGUACUGGCUCCUGAGCCCCUGGUUAUGGACAACUUGGAUCCCCUGAUGGAGCAGCUAAAUAGUUGGAACUUCCCAAUCUUUGAUUUGGUGGAAAAAAUUGGGAAGAAAUGUGGUCGGAUUCUCAGUCAGGUAUCAUACAGACUUUUUGACGACAUGGGGUUGUUUGAAACCUUUAAAAUACCAGUGAGGGAAUUUAUGAACUACUUUCAUGCCUUGGAGUGUGGAUACCGAGAGAUACCUUAUCACAACCGAAUCCACGCCACGGAUGUUCUGCACGCCGUGUGGUACCUCACCACCCAGCCCAUCCCGGGACUGCCCACUGUCAUCAGUGACCACGGCUCAGCCAGCGAUUCGGAUUCUGACAGUGGAAUCACUCACGGCCACAUGGGAUAUGUGUUCUCAAAGACAUACACACCUACAGAUGACAGCUACGGAUGCCUGGCUGGCAACAUCCCUGCCCUGGAGCUGAUGGCUCUUUAUGUGGCUGCAGCCAUGCAUGACUACGAUCACCCAGGAAGGACCAAUGCCUUCUUGGUAGCAACGAGUGCUCCUCAGGCGGUGCUGUACAACGACCGCUCCGUGCUGGAGAACCACCACGCUGCUGCUGCCUGGAACCUCUUCAUGUCCAGGCCAGAGUACAACUUCCUGGUCAACCUGGACCACGUGGAGUUCAAGCAUUUCCGCUUCCUCGUCAUCGAGGCCAUUCUGGCUACUGACCUGAAGAAGCACUUUGAUUUCGUUGCCAAGUUCAACGCCAAGGUGAACGAUGACGUUGGCAUUGACUGGACCAACGAGAACGACCGCCUGCUGGUUUGUCAGAUGUGCAUCAAGCUGGCUGACAUCAACGGGCCUGCCAAAUGCAAGGACUUGCACCUGCAGUGGACAGAGGGCAUCGUCAACGAGUUUUAUGAGCAGGGCGAUGAAGAGGCCAGCCUGGGCCUGCCCAUCAGCCCGUUCAUGGACCGCUCCGCGCCCCAGCUGGCACACCUCCAGGAGUCCUUCAUCACCCACAUCGUGGGACCACUCUGCAACUCCUACGACUCAGCAGGGCUGAUGCCAGGAAAGUGGGUAGAAGAGAGUGAUGAGUCAGGAGACACUGAUGAGCAAGAGGAGGAGGAAACAGCAGAAAUGGAAACUUGUGAAAACGCCGAAUCCAGAAAGAAGAAGUUCAAGAGGAGGAAAAUCUACUGCCAGAUCACUCAGCACCUGCUUCAGAACCACAAGAUGUGGCAGAAGGUGAUUGAGGAUGAGGAGAGGUUAGCUGGGUCAGAGAAGCAAGGCACGGAGCAAUCCCCACUGCACCAAUCUUCAGAACAAAUCCAGGCCAUCAGGGAAGAGGAGGAGGAGAAAGGGAAGGCCAAGAAGGAUGAAGAGGAGAACACAACUGUAGAACCAAACCAAUGACAAUAUUUACAGCAGUAUUUUAAGACAGAUUGACUCGUGCACAGACUCUUUCUCAAGCCAGCACAGCAUUUAGACACAACACUGUAGAAGUAUGGGAUAAUGCGCCUACAGCUGUUUAAUUUGUUUCUCUUUCCUUUUUCUGGUGAGGUACAUUGUUUAAACUCCUAUGCUCAAGGAAGCUUUCACACUGCAACACCGGCUUUACAGACUUUCUUUGAAGAGAUUUGGGGGUGGGUGGAAUUAUAUAUAUAUAGCCAGGG